AACGGCGAGGCUAGUUGCGGUCGCCAAGGUUACGGGGAAACAGCAAUCUCGGCGGAUCAGUGGUAGCCUAUCGCGCGCCGCUUUAGCGUGGGCUGCCACCAAAAAGAAGCAGAGGGCCACAGUUUGGUCACGUCACGCAGCUUAAUGAUGACAUCUCAACAGGAGGAACAACCUUAUCCCUUUGUAGAUAUUUAUGAUGAAGACGAAGCUGACAGAGUCUUUCUUACAUCUAAGCCCACCUGUUUCGCCAUCCUUGGGAAACCUAGUGUUGGGAAGAAAACAUUAGCUAAAAAAUUAGCCCAGAUCUGGAAAUGCACACUCAUAGAUGCUUCAGAGCUUAUUGAUGAGAACAUAACAGCAGAAACAGAAUAUGGAAUCAAGUGUAAUGAACUGCUCUAUCAAGGGCAAGCUAUACCUGAAGACUUGAUUAUAAAGAUGCUAAUGAAGAAGAUUGAAUCUCCAGAGGUUUUUCACUUUGGUUAUGUUCUCUGUGAUUUUCCUUCUCUCUCUGAAGAACACAUGAGUAUACCAGAACAAAUUGACGUAAUUAGAAAUGCAAAAUUAAAACCAGAUUUCCUGAUUAACAUUAAGUGUCCUGACUAUGAUUUGUGCCAAAGAAUCAGUGGUCUAAGGCAACACCCAGAAACAGGGCAAAUAUAUCAAAGGGAAGAGUGGGAUCCUGAUAUUAUUGAAAAGCGUAAGAAAAAGAAGAAAGAGCCACGCAAAUCUGCAGAAGAAGAAGAGGAAGAAGAGGAAGAGGAAGAAGAAGAGGAGACAAAUGAGGCAAUAGCUGAUCAAAUCAUGCUGACAGAAAUUUUGCCACAUUUAGUGCACAGACCAGAAGAUCUUUUAGAAAACAUACAAGAGAGAGUUGCAAUCUAUAAGGACAUUAUGCUACGUCCUUUAGAGACAUUAAUGGCUGAGCAGGAUUCCCAGUACCUGUUUGAACUAGAUGGAAAUAAACCUGCCGAAGAACUCAUUGCAACAGUAAUAUCUCGUCUUCAGUCCAUGGGCCUACGAAAUGGAGCUCUUAUAACCAAACUUCAGAGUGGUGAGGAAGAAAUGUUGGAUGGACUGGAUAACGAUGAACUGUUCCGGGUGCUUGCAGCCUACAAACUUGUAGCACCUAGAUACAGAUGGCGUCGCAGCAGAUGGGGACGAGCAUGUCCUGUGGCUUUAAAAAAUGGGGAAAUUAUCAUGGGAUCACCAGACUAUGCCCUUGGCUUCUUAGGUAAGAUGUAUACACUUUCAAGUGAAGAAGCCCUGAAGGAGUUUAUGCUGAAUCCACGUCCCUAUCUUCUACCACCUAUGCCUCUUCCACCUUGUAAAGUAGUAGUAUUUGGUCCUCCAUUAUCUGGGCGUACAACCUUGUGUGGCUUGAUUGCAGACUAUUAUCAGGGAAAGGUUAUUGAUAUGGAGAGUCUUCUUACAGCACAAUUUGAAGAGGCAAGAUUACAACUCAUUGAGCAGACACGUUAUGAAGCAAUUCAGGCAGGCAUUCAGAAAGUGAAAGAAAAAAUGGAAAAUGAACGACUGUACCAGGAGCAAGCGGCAUUGAUAGCCCAAGACUUAAGUGACAAAGAACCAGAUGAAUAUGAAGAGGGUAUUACCACUGGUGAAAUAAGUUCAGUGCAGCAUAGUGUUACAACAUCUGCUAGCCAAAAAGGUAUUACAGUAACUUGGUUUGUGAGAACAGGUCAGAAUCUGAAACUAUGGCUGUGUACACACAUUAAUCCAUUUGCAGUGGCGUACCGAGGGGGGGCGAUGGGGCGGAGUGCCUCGGAAAGUACUACCAUAAAAGAAGAAGAUGAAAGUGAAAUGGAAGAGAAGUCUCCAUCCCAGGCUGCAGAAGAAAUUGUGACAGAAGAAACCUCAGUGCCCCAGUCUUCGGAGGUAACAUCUGAGCAUCCAGAGGUGCAAGAGAUAGUACAGAAAGCCAUUGAAGCUGUAAUGUUAUCUCCAAUACUGCUACCACCAGAAGCAUAUGCUGAUGCAUUAGAAGUAGCAAUUACUGAGUUAUUUGUUGUUAUUAAUGGCAGUGUUUUAUUACAGCUUUCUAAAUCAAAUAAGUACAGAUAUGCUGGAGCUGCAGAAAAAGGAGGAUGGGUCUUGGAUAAUUUCCCUCCAUUUGCAGAACACUGGGCAGCUUUGGUAGAAAAAGAACUUCUACCCGAUACUGUGAUUUGCUUGAAGAAUGCUGAACAAAAUGGAAAGAUAUUGCUCACUAGAAUGUACCAAGCAAAUAAAGAAGAAGUUGAUGCUAAAAUUAUAAAAAGGCUAAUAGAGGAAUCUUUAAAGAAGAAACAAGAGGAAGAAGAAACAAAAAAAGAACUGCAGGAAAUGCUGAAACUGCAAGCUGAAGAAUUUGCCGAAGAGAGAGAAUCCAUGGACUUUAUAGACCAUCCAUCUGCAUCUGAAUCACAGACCAAAAUGCCACCAGUGACUGAAUCAGGCCAAGCAAUACAACCUUCUGCUUCUGACGAGACUAAAGAGAAAGAAAAAUCUGGAGAAUCAUUAGAAACUGAGGGUCAACUUGAUGAAGCACAAGCGUCUCUGGAUUCCAAAGAGCAACAGGAGAGCAAGACAGAAUCAAAAGAAUCAGCAGAACACAUUGAAACUGAAGAAGAACCUCAGCCACCAGCACCACCGAAGAGUAUUGCAUCUCAACUAGGAGUCAGGCUACCUGAAUAUUCUGAGGAUGCUUUUCCAGAUGUAGUAGAAAUGGAGCCACUAAAAAGCAAGAUUACCCAAUUUCUGCAUGAAUGGCAAAGAACGGAAGUAGCAAUUUCAGAGUCACCUUUAAUUCAGGUUUCAGAAUUGGAGAUUGAAGGGCAAACUCUGCAAAUGCUUCUUGACCAAACUAUUCAAUCUAUGGAACAACCUUUUAAGUACCAUGGCUGGGAAUUUGGUCCUGAAGAUGAUGAUGAAGAACAAGAAGAUUUGCAAGCUGAAGCGGAGGCACUGGCAGAGGAAGAGGAAGAGGAGGAAGAAGAUGAAGAUGAGGAAGAAGAAGAGGAAGAAGAUGAAGAAAAAGCUGCUCAGAGGAAGAGACAUAUGGGAGAUACAAAGCACUUUUGUCCAGUGAUUCUAAAGGAAAACUUUAUCCUUUACCCAGGACUUACUGAAAACACAGCUAAAUAUCGAGAAAAACACUAUUAUUUUUCAACUCCAGAAAACAGAGAUAAAUUUUUGGAAAACCCCGAAGAAUAUGUGUCUCAUAAUGAGCCAUUGAAAGCUCCCCCUAUAAGAAUAUGUCUUUUAGGAUCACAUGGAGCAGGUAAAACAGUUUGUGCCCGUUGGUUAGCAGACAAAUUAGGUAUUUUCCACAUUCAGUUUGAGGAGCGCCUACAGGAAUUGAUCAUGAUCAAAACUGGAAAAAGAGUUGGACCUGAAGAAGAGGAGGAAGUUGAGGAAGAGGCUACCAUGCAAGAAAUGGUUGAAUCCCCUCAAUCUGCAGCUGAAGAACUUGAGGGUGAGGAAGAAGCUAAGCGACUUCAAGAGAAAGAGGUGCUGUUAACAGACGAAGAAGAAGCAAUCAAGGCAAAUAUAAUAGAAAAUGAAGCCUUGCCCAUGGAGGUGCUUGACGGCAUUGUUCUUGAUUGGUGGAUGAAGGAACCAUUUCGAUCCACAGGUUUUAUACUGGAUGGUUUUCCUCGAACAGCAGAGGAAGCUCAGUAUUUAGCAGACCGCUGCCUUUGUCCUGAUGUUGCAGUUUACCUUGAAGUUGAUGAAGAGGAUGUUUCUGAACGACUUCUUCCCAAGCGUGUGCAAACAUGGCAAGAGAAACAAGCUAGAAAAUUUGAGAAGAAGCAGCAGAUAAAAGACAUGAAGGCAAAAAUAAGAGUAAAGAUGGUUGCUCAAAGAAGGGCAGAGCUUUUGGUAGAUCAAGCAAAAAGGAAAAUGGAGGCUGCUGCUAGGCUUGAAAAUGCCAUUCCUGAUGAAGAGGAGGAGGAGGAGGAGGAAGAUGAUAUUGAAGCUAUUUUGGAAGAAGAGUUCCCAAAAGAAGAUGAUGAAGGAGAAGAUGAGGAAGAGGAGCCGGAGUCUGAGGCUAUUGAGCGCAUGAGAACUGAACUCUCAGAGAAAUAUGAAACUGAUAUUACUAAUCUGCAAGCAGUGCAGGAGGAACUUGAAAAAUUGUUGAUACCCGAAGUAAAUAUUGUAUCAAAGCGAAAGCCUCACAUUGUGUGCUAUCAAUUGUAUAAAAAGCUGAAGGACCUAAUAGAAAAUCGUGAAAGCAUUUUUGAGAAAUGUUAUCCAUUAAGCUUAUCCCUUGCACGCAAGAUGCUAGUUCUUGCCUAUAAACAUCCAAGCAAUUUUGGCCAAUGGGACCCAAUCAAGCUAAGUGAAGGAGAUGCAAUCAAGCCUUUUCAAAAUCAAGAUACUCCUAGCUUUCCACUUAUCCAUCGGAAUUGUAUUUAUUUCUUUACAAGCAAAGAGAAUAGGGAUACAUUUAUGAAAAAUCCCAUCAAAUAUCUCCGUCAGCCGAAGCCGAAGCCAACUGUGCCAGUUAAGAUUGCAGUUGUGGGGCCUCCAAAAUCUGGAAAGACUACAUUGGCCAAAAGAUUUGCAAGAGAAUAUGGAUUGUUGCGCCUUUCCAUGGGAGAUGCCAUCCGUAUGGUGUUAAACAAUCAGCCAGAGACAGAACUAGCGCUUAUAUUGAAGUGGCAUCUUCAGAAAGGAUUGACUGCACCUGAUGAACUUGCCGUGAGGGCUCUAGAUAUUUCACUGAUGGAUUCUGUGUGUAACACCUCAGGAGUUGUUAUUGAUGGAUACCCUGUAACAAGAAAACAAGUAGACCUUCUUGAAGAAAUGAAAAUCAUUCCAGUAAAAAUCUUUGAAUUAGAUAUUGAUGUGAAGGAGGUCCUCAGAAGAGCACUGCAGGAUAAACAAAACCCUAACAGAUAUCCUUAUCCAAUGCACGACAGCUCCCAUAUUCUCUCUAUCAAGAAUUCGUGUUACAGAGCACAAACAGAAGAAAUAAGACCUUACUAUGAGGAGCAGCACCAAAACUGGUAUGUGAUUGAUGCAACACACAGCAAAUGGUGGCUCUGGAACAAAAUACUUGAGGAAACUCAAGCAAUCACCAAGCAGAUCCAGAUAUAUCUGGAAAGAAUACGACAAGGAAUGGCAGCCAGUAUUGCCGAUUUGUGUAUCAUGCCGCAAGAGCUGCUGUCUCGGCUGGGAGAGUUUGGGCAAUACUGUCCUGUCAGCCUUGCAGAAAAGGGAGAGCUCGUUGAUUGUUCUGUAACGCCUUCUCUAAAGUUUGCAGCAGAAUUUCGAGGACAUUACUACAAAAUGGCCGGACAAGAGGAACUCGAUAAGUUCCUGAAGAAUCCAGAAUUAUAUGUCCCCCCAUUAGCACCUUAUCCUCUCCCUCUCCCACAUAAACUACCAAAGAAACUGACUGCAGCAGAUGUGAAGGCUUUAUUUCCUAUGCAAGCUGAAUUGCAAGGAUACUGUCCAGUUACUUACCUAGAUGGGAAGCAAAGGUAUGAAGCACUGGUACCUGGGGACAUUGAAUAUGCUGUACUUUAUCGCAACAAGCUAUAUAUUUUUGAAAGUGAAGAAAAGCUUCAAAAGUUUAUGAGAUUACCAGAGAAAUAUUGGAACCAGACCCUUCCACGUAAACUUCCCCCAAUAAAGGAGCCAAUAUUGCUGACAGCUCUUCCCCUGACUGGAUACCUGGAACAGGGUGUGGCCACAGCUCUGAUAAAAGCAAUGAAUGAAGUAGGUUGUUUAAAACCAAAAUUUCCUUUCAUAAGUGUGAAAAGGACUGCUCUGCUGUUCAUAGCCUAUCAUUUGAAAGCAUAUAACCCCAAGAGCUCUGAUUAUAUACGAAAGAAGUACAAGAUGAAGUUGGAACGCUUCAUAGAUCAUUGUGAACUUAUCCCAUACCUGGGAAUCAAAAUGACACAGAAGUAUAAAGAGCCUCAAAAUCGACCUAUUGACUUUGAUCACAAAUUACAUACCUUUUUGUCUCUCAAAGAUGUGGAUCCAACCUCUCAUUAGCCUGGAAUAUAUUCACAUUUGAAUGUUAAA